CCUCCUCAGUUCGCCAGGAUCAUCUUCUCCUCUUCAUCAUGUCUUGUGCAUCUCUAAAGCUGGAUUAUGAGACGUGAUGAUCGGGUCCAGGAUGAGUCUUCACCCGCUCAUCUCAUGGGAUGGAAAAUCUGGAUAAUCAGGAAUUUCUUGGACUGACUGAACAGGAUUCAGUGCGAUGGGAAAGAAUGAGUCUGGUGGAUAUUACACGGAGAAUCAGGCUUUAACUGCAUUAUAGAGGUGCAGAUCAAAGCAGUGUGAUGUCUGAUAACACAUCACUGCCGUGUGUGUCUAACACAUCUCUCCUGCCUCCGCUGACGGACUGGAGGGCACCCUCCUUCACUCCCGCGGCUCAGGCCCGUGUGGCGGCCACCAUGGUGCUCUUCCUGUUCGCUGCCGUCAGUAACCUGGCGCUCCUCAUCAGCGUGUCACGCGGUCGCGGCCGGCGUCUGGCAUCUCACCUGCGUCCUCUCAUCAUCAGCUUGGCGUCCGCUGACCUGAUGAUGACCUUCAUCGUGAUGCCGCUGGACAUGGUGUGGAACGUGACGGUGCAGUGGUAUGCCGGAGAUGGGCUCUGUAAGCUGCUGUGCUUCCUGAAGCUCUUUGCCAUGCAAACCUCUGCCUUCAUCCUGGUGGUUAUCAGUCUGGACCGGCAUCACGCCAUCCUGCGCCCUCUGGACUCACUCAACGCCCACCACAGGAACAGGAGGAUGUUACUGCUGGCCUGGAUACUCAGCGCGCUGAUCGCAUCGCCACAGCUGUUCAUCUUCCGGACGGUCAAAGCGGAGAGCGUGGACUUCACUCAAUGCGUUACUCAUGGGAGUUUCCGCGAGCGCUGGCAUGAGACGGCGUACAACAUGUUUCAUUUCGUGACGCUGUACGUGAUUCCGCUGCUGGUCAUGAGCUGGUGUUACACCUGCAUCCUCAUCGAGAUCAACAGACAGCUGCACAAGAGCAAAGCUGGCGAGUCUCUGAGACGCAGCGGCACAGACAUGAUCCCGAAGGCCCGGAUGAAGACGCUGAAGAUGACCAUCAUCAUCGUCCUAUCGUUCGUGGUCUGCUGGACGCCCUACUAUCUGCUGGGCAUCUGGUACUGGUUCCAGCCGGAGAUGCUGAAGGUCACGCCCGAGUACAUCCAUCACCUGCUCUUCGUGUUCGGGAACCUAAACACCUGCUGCGACCCGGUGAUCUACGGCCUUUACACGCCCUCGUUCCGCGCCGAUCUCGCCCGCUGCUGCCGCUGCCGGACCCCCGUAGACUCCCCACGCUCUCUGGACCGGCUCUCGGCCCGACACGAGCACGAGUCCAACCCGGCCAGCGUGAAGAGCACUUAAACCACAUCUCAAACUCACGACGAUGAAGCGAUGGAGCGUUUGCAUCAGAACAGACUUCAGAUCGCGCUUCAUAAUAAACGAGACACUGAGCCGCUGCAUGGAGCGCCGCGGGGUUCAUACACAACUAAUGAAAAGAGCUCAGAGCAGAUUACCCAGAAGCCUCUGCAGUUUUAGAAUAACUUCACAGAUUUCACAGCGUGCUUUUGUUAUUAAAGCAGCUGGACGUCUGUGUCAAACUUGUUUUGUAUGUUUACGCUGUUGAUCUGUGUCCGUUCGCGUCCACAGGGACAGUUAUUUUUUGCAUUACAACUUUAUUUAUCCAUUUUUAGCCUAAAAAUCUUGACUGCCAUUUAAUCUGGUCCACUUUACAGCUCAUUCUGACUCAGAAUCACCAACACAGACACUGCAAAAGUGCUUCUUCGCCAGUAUUUUUGUCUUGUUUUCCAGGAAAUGCUGAAUUACACUAGAUAAGAAGUCUUGUUUAAUCUAAUAAAUAUCUGCUAAUGGGGUCGGAAAAAUCAACUUCAUUCAAAAGGAAAAUCAGUUGAUAUUUUUUUAAUUUCUCAUUAAACAAGACUUAAUAUCUCAUGUAAUUUUGCAUUUCCAGUAAAUGUAUUCUGAUUUAAUAAUCUUGAGAUAUAUUUGUACUGGAAAACAAGGCAGAAAUUUUUUUUUUUUGUGCACAUCAGUACCUGGACUCUGAAAUAACAUGAUGAAUCUCUCUAUAUAUGAACAUCAUUGUUCUUCAGUGACCCACAAACACUGUAAACACUGUCAGAAAUACCAGCUGUUAAUACAGCCAAUUAA